GUCCUGUGGAAGAGAAAGGGGAAGAUAUUAAUAGUGAUGGAAGGGGAUUGGGUUGCUAUCAUACUUCUUUACAAGUUUACAAGAAGAUAAGGAGAUAAAAAAAAAGAGAAUAUACAUCAGACAGGGUGAGGGAGAUGCUUUGGUUGGGUUAAUGCUGGAGCUCAACCUUAAAUACUUGAGAGGUGGUGUUAGAAACGGAAAGUGUUACAAGGAUUAUGAUGAAACCCAAUGGGCUUAGCCGGAAUACAACCGUCAAAGUGACAUGGCGGUAUUUUCUAAGAUGACUUUUCGGCUGACAUUAAUGGUCGCGGAGGCUGGGAAUUUUACGAUGAAGGCAAAUGGCCUUUGUCUCUCCGCUGCCCGCUGUUGGGGAGCAUCAACAACAAACGGCGGCGCCCGAGUCUGUCAAUGAUCGAUGAUGGCGGUCCACCGCAGCCUUUUGCCAAGACCGAGAGUGACCGGUCAGGUUCGUACCUUCCACCAUCUACGGCGCGUCCACCGCCUGAACCAACGCCAAGCAGUUGUGCGCGUGCAUCACACGCGCCUCGGUUACUGCUGCUGCUGCUGCUUCUCUCGCGUCCUCGGCGCAUCUCCGGCCCUCCCCACCUCGGCGUCUCCAGGUCUGUGUGCGUCGACUGCUGCUGCUGCUGGUGGUGGUGGUGGUAGUUGUGUGGCGACAGGCGAGCAGCGCUAGUGUCAGCACCCUCACGCUCGGAUGUUUUUCACAAAGUUUUUCCUAACCGUCAGUUCAGAUACUUUCUUCGCGCAACUCUUUACAUAGAAAAGAUCACAGGGAAACAGUUGCAGUGAUCAUAUCAUCACUUCAUUCACAGAGCACAGAAUAGUUUAGUGAGGAGAAAAGAUCGACAACUCUUUCCCGUAGAAGAAAUUGUUAAAGAAGAAGGACAAGACAACAGAAAGAGAAUAUUUUACUAGCAGAAGUGCACACUACAACCCUAACCCUACAUCAACUCCGGCCAAGUGUUACACGAUUUUUUAGACUACACCAUCAGCAAGAAACGGCUUAACGACCCAGGCAACAUGAAGCUGUGGAUGUUCGGACUCCUUCUCAGCCAGUUUUCCAAAUUGUUGAAGGGGCUUGACAUCAUGGUCGAUCCACCCUAUAAUCCUUUCUGGGUCUUGGAGGGCACGACGUUCAGAGCCAGCUGCUCGGCUGAGGUCAGAGACCUGGAGUGGUUCAUUGACGGGUCUUCACCCAAGGUGUCGGGCUACGAGGAGUGGCGCAACUCCACGACGGAUGGAGUCCGAACCACUGUGACCAUCAGCAAGAGCAAGAUGGGGUGGGACGUCAGCCCCAACAUCAUCUGCCGCUCGCCCUCUGCUGGCAAGGAUGUCGUCGUCGGUGUUAAUAUUUUUGCCGCUUACAUCAGGAACGCUAACAUCAGUGAAGGAAAUGACGUCAGCGUGGAGUGCCGGCCCGACUCCUCACCGGAAGUUUCAACAGUAUCGUGGAGUCGCGAUGGAGCUCCUCUCUCAAACGACUCGGGCCGUGUGAUUCUGCUGGAGAACAACACCAAACUAGUUAUCCUCAGAUCCACGCCUGCUGACGCCGGUGUGUACACGUGCAACAUGACCCUCCAGGCAGGUCCCAAGAUCAAUCAAACCUUCACACAGCCCGUGACACUGGCAGGAAAGCCCUACCUGUUCGAGAAAAUGUCCUCACAUGUCCAGGUGUACCUCAACGACUCCCUCUACCUUACCUGUCCGGUGAAAGGUUAUCCCAGCCCGGAGGUGUACUGGCUCCACAACGGGGACACUCCAGUCAGCCCCUCCACUCGCGUGACGAUGAGCACGUACGAGGAUGUGGCCGGCGCUCGUCUGUCGGUGAGGAACCUGACGACCGCCGACAUGGGGCUGUACCGCUGUGCCGCCGAGAACGGCCUGGGCCGGGUGGUCAAGACCUUCCACGUGGGGGUGACGGGUGGCGCCCUCACCUGCACUGGCCACGUCAUCAGCUUGGUCCUGGCAGCGGGUGUUGUCACGUGGGUGAUGAGAGUGGAAUGAACAGAACUAGCCACCCCACCAACUACACCCUUCCCUCACCUGUUAGUUUAAGGGACUAUGCUAAACAUGAAAUACAGUAUAGCCGAUUCUAAAACAAAAUUUACUUGAGUUGAGCGAUACAAUUUUCUUACCUAACCUUUUCAGGGUUUUCUAAUUAUUUAUUUUAGAGAAAUUAGUUCUGACAUCACGGCAUAUUGUAAUGAGAGAAGGAAUUUUAAGGAAAAUGUCGGCCUUCCAACAUUACACAUACUUUCGGAAUGGCAGAUGCUGAGUGGAUGUGACUGCAUGUCAACUUUUAGCAUAUUACUAUAAUCUUUAUAAGUGUCCCUACAUGAAGCUAGGUGUUAAAAACCAAGAAACUUGUCAGAAAAUAACUGCGAAUUUCUUAUAGCGGGUUAAUAAAAUUACAGAGGUCAAAUGACAACCUACUUCGUAAAUAGCUCAUUAGAGUGACAUCAUGUAUACCUAGCAAAAUAAGGCUUACUUUUCAUCUCAAGCUAUUUUUUCACUAAGGGUAGCCUCAAAUUGUGAUAUGUCUAUUCACACUAAAUUUUCCAAACGAUACUGCCAGUAUUUGCUUCGAAGCAUCUCUCCACUUCUUAGUUUCAGAAAAACUGACUCGGACUUGCUGUCUAGUUGACAAUGAAAGGUCUGGUUGAGUAUUUCUGUAGCACUGGGAGCAUUCUCGGCCUAUACAUUACAAAAAUCUGCUGUAAUUUUCAAAGAGCCCAUCAACACAUAAAGAUGGCCGGUUAAUCUCGUAGAUAACCAAGCCUGGCAUGUUAAAUGCCGGAAGAAUAGAAUUAAAUGAGAGGCCGCCAAAGUGAUGUAUAGUGUUACCUGUCGGCUUCUCAGGUAGUUACAGAAGAAAGUGUCUUCUCUUACUUUCUUCCUUGUCCAGUGCUACUCAUACUCGCUCUUUCUUGAUUAGCUUUAGGUAUUUGUGAGAGCUUGUGCUUGCUUUUGUGUGUUCGUGUUGUAAAGCAUGGCUGUCAAGCAAAGUAGGUAUUGUUCAUUAGGCCAACAGAUUGAUGAUAAGUUUGAGUCCCGUACGCACAUAAGCUAGCUAUGUAUUAGUUUCUCGAAAAUAAGCUAGUGAAGUCUUAAUUGGUGGACAGUGAAUCUGACAGGAGCUAGUGAACUAGAAGUGAACAAGCUCGUGUGUGAUGACGUGUCCAUGUGAACAUGUUGAUGUGAACUGCCUCUCGCCUUCUCUGCUUGUUGCAAGCGCACUGUUGUCCGACAGCAGCAAGUUUCAUUAAUUCACUCAAAAACCAUCAUCAGCUGCAUUUUACUUUGUUUAAUAAUUAACCACAGGAGGUGGAUUGGAUUGUGGUCACGUGACUGUAUUACAGAGUCUGGCAAGCCGUAUAUCAUUCAUGGUUGAUUCAUCAUGCUGUGAGAGUGUAAAUGUUAUCAAAGCAAGUCAAGAGAACUGCUGGUGCCGACGAUGACAAAGGCGUGCAUCUGAUGAUGGCAAGAAUGAAGACGAUGCCGAAUGUUUCGCUCUCCACUCUCCUCUAAAGGGAGAUAAAACGGUUUCUUCGAUAUCUAUGGGAAGAAAUGCUUCGUCUGGAAAACAUUUCUGAGUGAGGAGUGCUGUCCCAUUCUGUCCCAGAACGACUGCUGAUGGGGAUACACAUCAUCAGCCAUCUUCAUCAUCAUUAGCAUUGUCAAUGUUCAUAUUUAUGAGCAUUGCUAUCUAGAUUCAUAGGCAGUCAGUAUUUUGUAUAAGGUCAAUUUUGCAAUACAAUGUGUGAAUGAAUUUUGUUUUGUUGAAACUACCAAACUCUUGCGGUGGUUCUUUCGUCUUUCAUAGAAUGCUAAGCACUGCAUCGGAUUAAAAUGAGUGGAAUGUUUAAAA